AUGCCCGUGCCUGUAUUUGCCUUAAGAAAAGGAUGUCAUUCUGCUCUGGAGUCUGGAUAUUCUCUCAAUUCCACCGAGUCUGAUGAUCAGGUUGAUACUACUCCUAAUGGACUUGACCGUUGUGCAGCUUUACUGAAGAAAAUCUUACAAAAUGAGGCUACAGACAACAUUGAGAGACUUCUCAACUUACUGAAAUAUGCUAAAGCUUCAGAUAAUUGUUGUUGUUUGGAUGUUCCUGUGGACAGUGGCAAUGAAUGUGUGCCAGAGAUGGGAGGACCUGUGGCUUGCCCAGUAGUUUGUGCUGCUCCUGCUGCUGCUGCACAGAUACAGUCUGCCACUGCUCUUCCUAGUGUGAUCCCUUGUAUAGCAUCAGGUGCAUCAAAUAACUCUGCAGUGCCUGCAUUCAUCCCAUCAUCUUCUGGCAGAGGCAUGACCCCAAACCAUGAGCAACAGGAUUUGAUAAGAUGCCUACAAGCUCACCUGGCCCUCUUACAGUCACAUGAAAUGGUGAACACCAGGACUGAACAGAAGCACUAUCAUCGUUGUGCAGCAAAACAUAAUACUUCAAGUAACAAAAAGAAGAACACUUUUGAAGAAGACAGUGAGGACAUGGUCAGUGAGGAAGAUGACUCGAGUGUACUUGACAUUGCCCCAGAGAGAGAUACAAUUUGUAAGACAGGUUUUGUGAAGAAUGUUGUAAAAUCUAGGAAGGAGAGUCCAGAAGAAACAGCCCAUAAGGUUAAGACUUUAAAAUAUCUCCUGGGAGAGCUCAGAGCACUGGUAACAGAUCAAGAUGAUUCAGAAAUGUUGAGGUUGGUGAGUGAAAUAGAGGACUCCAUAUCACUGCUCCCAGCAGUAGUGGGAAGUAUGAAUGUACAAGCUGAAAUAGCACUGGCUUUGCAGCCUCUCCGAAGGGAAAAUGCCCAGCUGCGUGGGAGACUAAGAAUAUUAAACCAGCAGCUUGGGGAGCAAGAAAGAAAUGAGAAGACAUCUGGACAGAGCUGCAACUAUGAAUUAGUUUCUUUGCAAUCCUUGAAUAUGAUGCUUCAGAGUCAACUGCAAGAAUCACAGAAAGGCCUUGAGUCACUACAAGCUAAAAAUGAAGAACUACUUAAAGUAAUCAAAAGCCAGAAAGAAGAAAAUAAACAUCUUGCAAAAGAUAUUCAAGAUAAAGAAGAAGAAUUGCUUGGAAACAAACAGCAUUAUGACAUUUGUUCCACCAAGCUCAAGAUUGAAGUGGAAGAGGCAUUAUCAAAUGUGAAGAGCCUUCAGUUUAAGUUGGAAGCUUCAGAGAAAGAAAAUAAGAUUUUGGGCAUAACGUUACGUCAGCGGGAUGCAGAAGUUAACAGGCUGCGUGAAUUAACCAGAACCUUGCAGGGCAGUAUGGCCAAGCUCCUGUCUGACCUCACAACAGACAAGAGUAGACACAAACCUGAAAAAAGUCUUUCCAAGUCUCUUUUGGAAGACCAUGAAAAGCAGAUGCAACCUGAUCAGUUUCCUGGGAGUACUUCAGUAAUAACUUACCUUAAAAAAUUAGAAAUGGAUCAUCUUUUGACGGAUACAGAACUUCAGUUCUCAAUUACAAGUGGAGAAUUAGAAGUGCAAAAUCUAGCCCAUGAAAAGUUUGCUGCUGAAGGAGGCAAAAUAAACAGUGCAUUCUCCAAAGGGGUAACAUCAACUCCCAGAGCACUACCAGUGUCUCUGAAGCAAGAUGAAGAAACACUUAGUGAUUCUGGGACUUUACUAGAUGACCAAAACAAGUUGGAUCAGACUGUUUAUAUUCCAUUGACUAGCAGUGCCUCUGAGAAACAGUUGCCAGUCUCUGAAAGAACUGGUGUGCUACCCCAAAGUAAAGGGAAUUCUAAGAUGUUGGACUACCACUGUGAGCUCUCAAACUCUGUGCAGCAGAACAGAUGUGAGAUUGCAAAGGAUCCAACUAUUCUGGAUAAAUCUAGUGCAGGGUGUAGCGUGAAAAAGACCAUGGAAAGCACACUUGAAGUUACAGGGGAUAAAGUGAAGCCAGAAGGAGACAAAGUCCAAAUGAGGCCAAAUGACACUCCAAGUGGAACUGUGAAAGACUUCACAGACAAAGCAGACCAACCCCAGCCUGGUACUUACCAUCGCAUACCAAUGCUAUUUCCAGAAGAGAUUUCUCAGAAGAAAGGCAGUGGAAUAACUGAUUUUAGUUCCAUUUCAUUUGAUGAUAUAUCAGGGAAGUCUGAGUGGAGUGUAUCCUCUUUCUCAACAUUUACUUCUCGAGAUGAAGAGGACUUCAAGAGUGGCUUAGCAGCCUUGGAUGCCAACAUAGCUAGGUUACAAAGAACUCUACAAAAUACCACUACGAAACGAUGA